GAGAGAGAGAGAGAGGAUAAGAAGAAAUUGUGGGAGCAAGACAAGCAGGCAGGCAGGCUAUGCGUCAGCCGCUUCUCCACGGGGAAACAUGGAGAUGAGCAGGGGAUGCUGAAGAGCACAGGAGACAGCAAAACAAGACCAUAAAGAUGGAUAUUAUCUCAUCAAGCAGGCACGCUGAAGGCAACCCACGCCGAGGAUAAACCACUUAUGGACGCAAUGGAUUAAAGACCUGCAGAUAGACUGAGAGAAGGCGCACGAGGAACACGGGCGGAGAUAUUCAUCAAUUCACUUAUUUAUUUUCAUUGCGUGUGUGUGUGUGUGUGUGUGUAAAGCAAGAAACUGCAUUGCUGCUUGCUGGCACUAUCUGGGGAGAGAAAAAGCAGCAAAGUCCAAUUAAUUUAUGUUAGUCCCUUAUUUUUUCCUUCUGUCUUUCUAAGUAUGUGUUUGCUCCCUGGCUGUACGCGUGUGUGUGGAACCAAAAGUGAGCUACUGAUUGACUUAGUUGUCUGAUAUAUUGACGCUAUGCUUAAUCCCUGAGAGCAGAGUUGAAGACAAACAGCUUCUUUGAUCGAGGCGACAGCACGUCACAUGCCCGUGCAGUUGAGGCCUCGGUCCUGAUUGUGGAAGCCUAAGCUUGGAUGUUUGAUGAGCUACCAUUGCGGAGACUUCUGUGCUCCGCACGCCACAGAGGAGGAGGAGGGGGGGGAGGAAGAGGAGGAGGAGGAGGAAGAGGAGGAGGAGGCGACUGAAAGCAGGGAAGGAGGCAAGUGAGUGUUGUGGAGUCUGUAGGCCGGCCCAUGGCGGACUGCUGGAGCUUUCUUACAGCUUCGUCUCCCGAUGAGAGCGUAUAAUGGCAGUGAUGGGACCACCGUCCUCCUCUCUCACUUCUCUCAGGGGCCGGCAAGUUGCGACUUGGUGCUCCAAAAAACCCACAAGGAGGAUGGUGUGAACUAUCCGCCAGGAGAUCCCUGACGCCGCCGUGCAGGGCCACCUUGUUUCUUCUUCUUCCGUUUCCAAAGCUUAUUGCAUCUGAGCACAGCGGCCUGUUUUGAACUGAGUGGGAGUUCUCUCCCUCCCACUCACUUCUCCCUCUUCUUCUUCUUCUUCUUCUCCUCAUCCGAUCGCUACCUCCAAAGUCAGUGCCAUGGACUGAUCCCUAUAGCACCAAGCUGUCCUCCUUCCUUCUCCCUCUCUUUUCUUUUUCUUUUCUUUUUAUUUUUGUCGAGGCUUCAAGUGAAUUGCCGAGACCUGUUUCAUGCAUGUCCACUGGAGGCAGAUUCAACUUUGACGAUGGGGGGUCAUAUUGCGGUGGGUGGGAGGAGGGUAAGGCGCACGGCCACGGGAUAUGCACAGGACCCAAGGGCCAGGGCGAGUACUGUGGGUCUUGGGCCCACGGCUUCGAGCUGCUGGGCGUCUACACUUGGCCCAGCGGGAACACUUACCAGGGCACAUGGGCGCAGGGCAAGCGACACGGCGUGGGCGUCGAGAACAAGGGUAGAUGGGUCUACAAGGGGGAAUGGACGCACGGCUUUAAGGGACGCUACGGCCUACGGGAAAGCACCGGGAUGAGCGGAAAGUACGAGGGAACGUGGAACAACGGGCUGCAAGACGGAUACGGCACUGAAACGUACUCAGACGGAGGCACAUUUCAGGGCCAGUGGGUUGGUGGGAUGCGGCACGGCUAUGGUGUUCGCCAAAGUGUCCCAUAUGGCAUGGCGGCCGUCAUCCGCUCCCCUCUCCGUACGUCCAUCAACUCCCUUCGCUCCAGUUCGGAACACAGCAACGGUACAGCUCUACUUGACCGGACCGGCGCAAUAGUUCCUGUUCCUCCCCCUGUUCCUGGCACCUUGUCCACCAGCGUCUCCAUGUGCAGCACUGGAAGCAGCGGCAGCAGUCCUGCAGUCUCUAGAGGGGGUUUCGUACUGACGGCACACAGUGAAACUGAGCUCCUAAAGGGGAAGCGGAAGAGUGGGCUGUUCAGGAGGUCCAUUCUGUCCGGGCUUAAGCUGAGGAAGUCUGAGUCUAGGAGCUCUCUGGCUUCUCAAAGGUCAAAACAGAGCUCGUUCAGGAGUGAAGCUGGAAUGAGUACUGUGUCUUCAGCUGCGUCUGACAUCAACUCUACAAUCAGCCUUGGAGAUGCAGAUGCGGAGUUGGGAGUAGCUGAUGAUGAUGUGGACGCCACAGCAACAGAAACCUACUGUGGGGAGUGGAAAAAUGACAAGAGGACAGGAUUCGGAGUGAGCCGGCGGUCCGACGGGCUGCAGUAUGAGGGAGAGUGGCUCAGCAACAAACGCCACGGCUAUGGCUGCACCGCAUUUCCCGAUGGCACGAAAGAGGAGGGGAAAUACAAGCAGAACAUCCUGGUGAGUGGCAAGAGGAAGAACCUGAUCCCGCUCCGGGCCAGUAAGAUCAGAGAGAAGGUGGACCGAGCUGUGGAGGGAGCACAGAAGGCAGCAGACAUCGCACGCCAGAAAGCUGAGAUCGCUCUUUCCAGGACGGCUCACGCGCAGGGUAAAGCAGAGGCAGCUGUUGGAGCAGCCCUGAAAGCUCAAGAGGAGAGUCGCAUGGCCAGAGUCACUGCCAAGCAGUUCUCCCCUUCCUUCCAGCACCCAGGAAAUGGCAUGGAGGUGCAACGUCCCAAGUGUCAGGUGUCCAGCGAGGUGGAGGGUGAGGGCUUGUCGAGUAGCGCCGGAACUGCUGACAGCCCCGACCUCUACGUGAGGAGCACAGGUUCAGAUGACCCCUCCAAUGCCACACCAGAUCUCAGUCCCCCUUCUUCCUCACCUCCCCACAGUCCUCCUGCCCCAAUUCGGUCAUCCCAGCGCAGCAAAAGUGCUCGCUUUCACCGGCAGACUGCAGUCGACCAUGGAGACAGGGUGAAAGAAGGGGGAGAGCGAGGUGAGAAGGAGGGGUCUGGAGGCCAGACAGAAAUCCAGGUGUUGAUAGAGGGAGGUAAUAGGGAGAGUGAAGGUGGUGGAGGAAAGGUAGAGUACAUGCGGGCAAAAAGCUGGAGUGAGGAAAAAAGGAAAGGGGUGUUCCACAAAGAAGGAGGGGGGCUUAGCGGACAAGGAACGAGGAGGACCAAUGAACAUAAACACAGCUCCUCCAAUCACAAGUCUCGGGACCAUGGCUCAUCUAAUAAUAAGCAAGCCAGGGGAGACAGACGGACAGAGACAUUUUCUUCUGCCUCUUGGACGUCUGGGCACAGGGGGGCGCACAGCAGAGGAGGGCGUCUUCUUGAGCAGGACGAAGAGAAAAUGAGCAAUUAUGAAAUGGAGAUGAAGCCUUUACAGCCCAGAGAUUCCACUACCCACAAGCCCCAUGGGCACGGGGAGGAGAAGCACGGGCACAGUCAUUCUCACGGAGAGGGGCGCUCACACACAUUACAGCGACAGCGGCAUAAGAACCGAGACGGGAGAGAAGGAAGAGAGGGGAAAGAGGGCAGGGAAGGUAAAGACCAGCUAGAGAGAGUACAUCUGGCCGACAAGGCGGAUUCUCGGCCUAUACGACGGGACCUGACCCUCUCUCCCCCUCUGAAGUCCUCCCCCAUCGCACCAGAACAUCAGGAUCAAGGUCUCAUACAGCGCAAAGGCCACUCAGCCUACAGCUUUGUCUUGGUUGCCAUGGUGAUUCUUCUCAACAUUGGAGUGGCUAUUUUGUUUAUCCACUUUUUUAUUUAAGAAUAGCGUUGUUUUCAGAAUUAGCCUAUACAUGCUACAACUAUAAAUUUAUAUAGUUAUUAUGAGGGAUCUGCUGUCCCUUUGUGCUCCUGGAAAAAUUACUGCAGCCACCUGAAGGACAUCAAGGGGAACAAUCCAAAAGAUUUGGGCUCAAGAUGACAACCAUGAAGGCGACACAGAAGUGCAGAGCCCAAUGAAUGUAAGAAGGGUACACCAGCCUAGGUAAAUGGGCUGCAUUUUACAGUCCGGAAACUGAACUAAAGUGAGCUUUAGUAGUUCACACCUUGACUGAAACUUGUCUGAUUCCCAGGCCAUGGCAUUAUAGCACGUAAUGCCUGCUUCCAUUGUCUGGAGACAAAAUAUAUAAACUUUUUCAUCUUCAAACCAUAGUUUACAACAGAUUUAUAAAAUCUAAUUUCUUUAUGAACAUUUUCUUUCAUGUAUCAUAUGUUGAUGGAUAUAUUUAUUUUGUAAGCCCGUCACUUGACUCGAUAUGACUCCAGCUUUUCGGUUCUUCCACCUGUUCAGGUGUUGUUACUGAUGUUGUAUUUCUUUAAUCUCUGUCAGGAGAGCCAAAUGUAGGGACUGAAUCACAGCACUAUCUAGAUAGACUCUUGGAGGCUGCCUAUCCAUGUAACCUGGCAUGCACACACACUCAUGGCUUUUUCUCCCAUCCCACUCCUUAAUGCAGCGUCAUCUGUGUGUGAGUCAACUGCAUGUCCACGGUGUGCCUCCACAAAGCCAUUGUAAGUUUGCAAUGAGCAGAGAACAUCUCAUAUGGACAUGCUCUCUACUCAUCCACAUCUAACCUACCACCAUUUUCCGGCAGUGAUGCUCGCUCCGUCUUUCCCUCCUACUUUUUCCCACCUCCACACUCAAGAGUCAUUAAUCUGUGCUUCCUCUCGGUUGGUGGGAGUUCAGCACAGACUGCAGUCCAACACCUGCUGUACAACUGUCAGAGGUCUUUAGAGACAAUAUUCAAGUGUAUGUACCACUGUGGAUGUGACAAUACAAAAUCCAUCCCAGCUGACUUUUGGCAAGUGGCAGGGUACAACCAGGACUGGUCACCAACCAGUCGCAAGGCAACAACAUACACUAAGUACAAAUGUAGGGAUAUUUGGCUUUUGGGUGAAAUUUCAGAAUGAGCCUAAUAUACACUAUAGCCUUAAAGUUUUACCUUCUAUAAACUUUUAAAUGAUUAUGUCCAGGUGUUCGAUUGUUGAGUUCUUUCUGAACAACUUGCUGUUUUCUGACAAGGAGCUGAAUGCCAAAAUUCACAACAGGUGUUUAAUCCAAGAAUUGAACAAUACAUUUUGUGGUUCAAUUAGAAUUGGUAUUUAAACAGUUCUCUUUAUCAUGCUGUUCCCAUUUUGACAUCAUGAGAUGAAGACGACACCUAACAAUUGAUGGACAGUGCCUCGCCAUUGUGAGACUUUAAACACGACGUUCUCACAGGGAAGUGGGCACUGAGCUUUUGAGCAAUCUUUAUUCUUUGUAUGUGUGUGUGUGUGUGUGUGCGCGCGCGCGGACACACAAACACACACACACACACACAUAUACAUAUAUAUUAGGGAUGUGACUUUAACACUUUAACCCUCCGACAUGUGAUCCAAUUUUUCAACUGCCAUGCAGAAACUUUUUAAAGGUGAUACUGUUCUAAAAGAAAAUGUCAUAAAAUGCCACUUUAACUUUAGGUCUGUUUAAUUUUGACCAGGGAUAUUUUCUAUUAAUUCUUCUGAUGUUUUCGAUUGAAGCGCAAUUAAAUGCUUUUUUUCAGAGUUAACAAUAUUCCAGCCUGUGUCCACUAAAAUACAUUUAAACCAUGUUGCUUUUUAGGACAAAUAUUGUUAUACAAUUAAAUUGCAAUUAAUUGGAUAAAUAAAGUCUCUAAUUAAUUAGACAUACACAUUGCACUGGUUGAUUAAAGUGAGAGUGUGACACAAAUUAGUGUUCUUUUAUUGUUGCAAUGGCCCAGGGAUAGGUGUUGUUUCUGAAUCUUUUUUAUCUGGCCUUUAUUGUCCUGUACCGCCUUCCUGAGGGCAGCAGUUGAAAUAGGUGAUGUGCUGGGUGGGAUUCAGUCCUUCAGGAUGUUUCCAGCUUUUCUAAGGCAGAGGGAUCCAAACUACCUUCAAAGUGAGGAGGGCACAACCAAUGAUUUUUUUAGUGCUGACGAUGACCCUUUGGAGCCCUGUCUUUUCCUGUACAGUGCUGCUGUUAAAGCCCUCUUAUCGUCAGUACACAUACCACAGAGCACCUAUAGAAUGAUGCUUGGAGAUCCUUGGUGAGCGUGUUUUUCAAGCUGUGCUGUGCCUUCUUAAUCAACAUGCUGGUGCUGGUUUUCCAGGUUAGGUCCUCAUUCGGCUGCAGGCCCAGAAAUUUGAAGUCAGUGAGCCUCAUCACACAGUCCCCAUUGAUGUGUAUGGGCUGAAAGUCAGAUAUAUAUUUUUUCUGAAGUCCCCACCACCCUCCAAUUUUAUUCAGGUUAUUGUUUCUACACCAAGAUGAAAGUCCGACCACUGUUCGGCGAACUUCACAAUGGAAGGGCUUGGGCAGGUUGGUGGUGCAGCCAUAUGUGUAGAGGAUGCACACUAGAGGGCUUCGCUCACAUCCUGGUGUUGAGGCUGAGUGCUAGAAGAGGUUGGGCCCUACUUUGACUCUCUGUUGAUGUUUGCUGAGGAAGUCCUUCAUCAAAAGACAGGUGGAGUAUGGGAGACCAAGUUAGUUUAAUUUAGACAUCUGUUUAUUUGGGAUAAUUGUAUUAAAUGCCAAGAUGGAAAGGAGCCUUGCAUAAGUUUUUUUGUCUCAAAUGUGUCAGAGUUGUGUGUAAAGCUCAGGCUAUAGCAUCGGCCUAUGAACUGUUCUCCCUCUGGGCAAAUUAGUGUGGGUCGUUCUGGGUUGUCAGCUGGUAACAUAAACGGGACUAUGUGGUCUCAUUAGCCCAGGUGGGGUGAUAGGUAUAGCCCUUUAUGCCUGUUUAAUGUUCAAGUAGACUUUAUCAAGUAGGUUUUUCCCUAGUGUAGCACACUUUACAUGCUGAUGGAAUCUGGGAAACACUACUAAUAAGUCCACAUGACUGAAAUCAUCAGCUACUAUGAGUACUGCCUCUGGGUAUUUAUUGAGUUCGGCACUAAUAGCAUUAUGUUGUAGUUUAAGGUCUGAGUUAGCAUUAACAUCCAGAGCUACAGUAUACACUGAUGUAAACCUCAUGGUGGGGAGAGAAGGGUUGGUAUUUAACUGUUAAUUAUUGUAAGACUGGGGAGCAGUGACUAUCCACAGAGUUGCAACUGGGAUACAGGGAGACUGGAAGGCAUAGAAGUGGAUGUCCUUGGUCGAUUAAAGGUGUUGUAUGCAAUUUUCAAAAUUGUCAUACUGCUACCAAGAUUUGAAUGGAGCCUCACUUCACUCCCUGAAAUGAAUGAAUGGAUGAAAUGUUACCAGUUUGAUGUUGUAUUUUUGGGAAUGUCCAAUCAAUAAAAAGUACAAGGCAGGGGAUCAACUUAUCUGAUGACCCGGUGAGAAAAGUGAUGUUGGCGGUGGUUUUCCAAACCCAGCCAUGCGGUCGUCUGCGUAUAGGACACCACUGUUAUACGGUGUUCCCUCGCUAUAAUGCGGUUCACCUAUUGCGCAUUCAGUGCAUUGGAUUGUUUUUUUUUUCAUAUUCAUACUGCACAUAUUUUGCCCUAUCGUGGGAUUUUUAGUGUUAUGUUGUAGUUUUUUUUGUGGUAAAAUAAACGCUUCCUUGCAUAAAAGAUUAAAACUCGGGGGGGAACUAAAGAAAAAUUCAUUAUAACACAAAUUACAAGGAAUACAAUGUGCAUAGUGUACAGUACUUCUGUGCAUUACUGUAUGUUUAAGAGAAGGUGUUUAAGAGUAUAGAAAGUGUUUAUAUGAGUAUGGGAGAUGUUAAUAGAUCUGUGGGGAAGAUUAAUUAAUUAAUUACCAAUGAUUUUUCUCGAGAGCUGUCCAAUUCCUUCUUUUAAAGUCUUAUUACUAACCGGAGUUAAAUAACAGUCAAGAAAUUAUAGUAGUCUCCUUUUGCGUGAGGCUGCUUUGUGUCCCCCGCAAGGCUGUGUGUGCGUGUGUAGAUGAUUUACAACACCUCUCGGCCCUCUUUGUCUACAGUCUCUGACUGGCUAUUCUUGUCGCACCAUGACAAGUUUUAAAAAUAAUAAUUAAAUUAAAUAAGGGGGGCAGAGAAUCUGAAUCAGAAUCCUCUUUAUUGCCAAGUAUGUCAAAAACACACAAGGAAUUUGUCCCCGAAGAUUUAUCAAAAUAUCAUUUUAAUAAUAUUCUACUGUUAGGUCAUACAGACAGUUUUAUUAUAUAUAACAAAAUUAUUUUGUUUUUAACUGCAAACUUCAUCUUCAAUGUAUCAAACACCUGUUGUGAAUUUUGCUGUUCAGCUCCUUUUUAAAGAACACCAAGUUGUGCAAAAAAACAAUGAAACAUUGAACAGUUGGACACGUACAUUCAAAAGUUUAGAGAAGGUCAAAUUAAGUUAACCUCUGAAUUUUAUAGAGCAUCGGCGAGUAGUGUAUCUCCCAGAAUUGAACCUGUAGAUGGCGAUAAAAUGCAUACCAGCAAGAUGUCUGAUAAAGUACGUCAACACAUUUGUUGCUUUUGUAGUAGGGAUUGGCAUCGGAGUAAUCAAUUCAUUAAGAUUUCUAUUGAUUGUGUGGAACAGAAUGUUGAUUAUUCGCAUAUUGAACAAUUGAAGUAAGGUGGAGUGAUUAACUUGGCUGUAAGAGACAGAGGUAGUGGCACUUUAGAGCAUUAAUUUGUGAGUUGAAGAACAGCUGUGGAAAAUUCCGCUCCAUCCACGAAGACAACAGCAGCUCCAUUGGGCUGCAUUACUUUGCUUUGUACAACACUACCACUCAAAACAAACAGUCAGAGGAAGACAUUCCUAUUGCAUUAAAAAGUGCAACGAUCCCCCCCCCACCCCCCCCCCCCCCAAACACACACACAUCUCACAGAGGAAAUUUUGUCAAAUCAUAAUGCAUGUAUGCCUACUAAAUCCAUAGUUUUUAACGUUUAGGUUUUUUUCAGUGGCUGUGCAAAAUACAAACACAGUCAAAAUACACUUUUAUUUUGUUACGCUGUGUUUUUAGGCCUAGUGGGGCUUGAUAAUAUUCCAAGCAGGCUGGAAUGAACUCCAAUAAUGUCUUAGGCCACCAUUAUACUUAUUUUUGUAUAAAGGUAGCAAUGCAAUUCAUGAACGAUGAAUAUCCAGAUCCAUACCAAAAUUUCAUUAUCCUUAGCCCAUGCAGUACCACUCUAGGUUUUGUGGAAAUUGUUUUUGUGUUUUUGCAUAAUCUUGCCAAUUGUGUCUGUCAUUGUACUUUGUCAUAAUGCAGUGGAAAAGGUGAUUAAAACGCCCAGUCUAUUCGUGGCUUGAGACAUUUACACACAACUGUAGUGUGGUUAAAUUGUUGCACAAAGCAAUGACCAGGUUCAAAGUCAGGGUUAUUAAUGUUUCAACGUGAUUAAAAGACUCAAUGACAGCCGAAAGAAAGUACAUUAUUGCAGUAAUAGCAGUCACUAACUUUCAUGAUUUCAUACAUCAGAUUUGUCUCUAAAAUCCAUCUGGCAGAUCAGCCUCUGGAUUUGUUUGCAUGUUUGCAUCAAUGAAAGUUCAUAGGAGUGUGUAAACAAAUGUUUGCGCAUCCUCCUUUCAUGAUGGGAUUAGAUGUGUGUCGUGUCCCCUGCCACUGGCAACUACUUCAGGGGACAGUGAGCUGCUGCUGUUUGUCUCAUUUCUGUCAUUUCUCUCCCUCCUUGUGUUGAAAUCAUAAUGCGGACAUUAUUAUUUUCUUUCAUCUGGGUCCCAAGCUGAUAAAGGUUCUGCUGUUUGUCGUCAGCCUGGUGAUGAUGCACCCGAUACAUUGCAGCAUGUUACAGCAUGGCAAACUCUCUCAAUAGUUUGAAUCUUUCUUUCUUUCCUUCCCCUGUUUUCUUUAUUUCUGGGAAUUACUCUGUUUGGGUUUUGUUUCACGUGGAGAAAAUAAUUAAAGUGUUUAAAAUAAUA